AUGGAGGACGAUGGUCAGCCACUUCUGGCUGCAGAGCCAGAGAGCGCUCUGCGGGCGUCUACAGACUCUCUGGACGUAAAAGUCAAGAGACCUUUCCAUGUGGAGCCCAAGAACAUUAUAGCGGACGAUCCGCAGGAGAGAGUGUCCGCUGAAGCAGCGAUUCUCAACAGUCGAGUCCAUUACUACAGCAGACUGACCGGCUCUUCGGACCGACUCCUGAGUCCUCCAAAUCACGUAAUCCCACGACCUGAAGAAAUUUACAUCUACAGCCCUCUAGGGACUGCCUUUAAGGUGACCUGCAGUGACCAAUCAGCUAAAAACCCCAGUAUAAUCACUAUAUUUGCCAUAUGGAACACGAUGAUGGGUACCUCCAUUCUCAGUAUACCAUGGGGCAUAAAACAGGCUGGCUUCACGAUGGGGAUCCUGAUCCUCAUCUUCACCGGUCUGCUGCUGCUGUACUGUUGUUACAUUGUGCUCAAAUCACCAAAGUCGAUACCGUAUAUGGACACGUCGGAUUGGGAAUUCCCUGACGUCUGUCGUUACUACUUUGGGAAGUUUGGCCAAUGGUCCAGUCUUUUCUUUUCUAUGGUUUCCCUCAUAGGGGCCAUGGUGGUGUACUGGGUUCUGAUGUCCAACUUUCUUUUUAACAGUGGGCAGUUCAUCUACAACUAUGCUCACAAUGUCACUGUGACAGACGAUGAGAUUGGAACAAACGGUUCGGAUAAAGUAAUCUGCCCUUUUCCAAAUGUUGACCCUGGUUCAAACGCCACCUUCAUCUAUCUGGACCAAAAUGCCAACGACACUUCGGAUGCUUUUGCACAUUGGUGGAGCAAGACGCAGACCAUCCCCCUGUACCUGAUUGUGGUCCUGCUGCCGCUGCUCUGCUUCCGAUCCGCGUCAUUUUUUGCAAGAUUCACUUUUUUGGGCACCAUCUCUGUGAUCUACCUCCUCACACUUGUCACUUACAAAGCUUUCCGUCUUGGAUUUCACUUGGAGUUCCACUGGUUUGAUCACACACAGUUCUUUGUCCCAGAGUUUAGACUGAUGUUUCCUCAACUGACUGGCGUUCUCACGUUGGCCUUUUUUAUUCACAACUGCAUCAUCACGUUAAUGAAGAGCAACCGUGACCAAAGAAACAACGUACGAGAUCUAUCUGUGGCCUAUCUCCUGGUUGGACUAACUUACCUCUAUGUAGGGGUUUUGAUCUUUUCUGCUUUUCCUUCUCCUCCCUUAACCAAAGAAUGCAUUGAACCGAACUUUCUUGACAAUUUCCCCAGCAGUGAUGUGUUGGUGUUUGUAGCGAGGACAUUUCUGUUGUUUCAAAUGGUGACUGUGUACCCUCUGCUGGGAUACCUGGUGCGUGUUCAGGUCAUGAGUCAGUUCUUUGGAAACACCUACCCCAGUUUUUUCCAUGUUUUGCUGCUGAACAUGAUCAUCGUUGGAGCUGGGGUCCUGACGUCCAUGUUUUAUCCCAACAUUGGCUCCAUCAUAAGAUUCUCCGGUGCCACGUGUGGUCUGGCUUUAGUGUUCGUAUUCCCGGCUUUGAUCCACAUGAUCUCUCAUCAUCGGCAGGGAACGCUCACCUGGCCAUCUGCCGUCUUCCACAGUUUCCUGAUUCUACUGGGAAUAGCCAACCUUCUGGCUCAGUUCUUCAUGUAG